AUGCCACAGCUCCAACGAUCUGGGCCCUCUGUCGUGAAGACACGAACCGGAAGCGUUCUCUCUCGAGGCUUCAUUUUGAAGACAGACCAUUACCCCUCAGGUCGUGCACUUGAUCUGGAUUUGAACGUUCACGGAGCACCCAAUUUCCGAGCACCGAGGAACAGCAAUCUGAAUGUAUUCGGUGUUGCUCAGCCGCGGACUCAAGGGCUGCGUGGAAUUCUUUCAGUACUAAGGUGUAGACCGAACAUAACCAACCCAACUCAUGUGGUGUGGUUCUGUACUCGUGAAGAACCUAUAGCUGAGAAUCUGGAGGCCAUAGAAAUGCGCUUGAAGAAUGACAUACUCCUCGAGGCUAACAAAUUUGGCGGAUUGAUCCUGACUCACAACGAGAUUGCUUCGGAUGCAGGAGAAGGAGCUAUCCUACCUACGUGGACUGCUGUUGACUCCGCAAAUGUGCGGACCACUCGUGAACUGAUGGAAAACAUGAGGCGUGAUGAUUGGAACGUGGAGGAUAACUACCUUGACGCGUAUCUCCGUGUCAUCAAAGAGACGGACCCUCUGACCACUGCGCUUGUUUUUAACUGCGGUAUGGGUGCUGUUCGGACCACAUUCGCAAUGGUUGCGGCAUGCAUCAUCCGUAGGAAACAGCUUAUUUCGAAGGGCUUGGACGACCCUUACGUCAGUAAGACGGUCGUGCCAAAGAACGGUAGCAGUCUAGUUUCAAGUCCCAAGCUGCAACAAGCACUCGAGCAGGUAAGCAUGCAGCAAGACCUCAACAGGUCGCUCCUGCGUAUUACAUCCAUUCUGCAACAAUGCCUUGAGCCGGCCAGCUCUCAAACUGUUAUAGAACUUCUUUUGACACAGCCUACGCUCCUUGAGAGCCUACGCAAAGCGCAUAUGGGGAACUAUGGUGUGAUAUUGAGCUUGCUGGGCUGCCUGGAUCAUGGUCUCAAGUCGAAAAAGCUUGUCGACCGAAUCAUCGAUACGUGUGAUCACGUCACAAAUUUGAGGGAAGACAUCUUCGUGAAUCGAAUCAAGUAUUCCUUGACAACUACGAUGGGCGAGGUCGAGCGUGAGGGCUUCUUGAAUAAGGCGGUUCGGUCCCUCGAGAAGUACUUCUUUGCGAUAGCAUUCGCCGAGUACAUAGACUCACAGCAUGAAACCACUCAGACGUUCUCAGGUUGGCUGAAGGCGAGGACAGAAAUCUGGAACCAAGUGAUGUUCCUGCGCAAGUCAUAUGGAUCUCGAUUAAAUGUCUUUGCGCCCAUCAACGACCUUUCAAACUUGUCCAAGUCGGGUUCGGAGGAUCAGGCACUGGUUCCCGGGCAGCGGAAUGACGUUGCCAUUGCCGGAGGGCAGAUUCUGGGCGACGAGUAUUCGGAUCACGUCAUCAGGAAUCGUAGUGGGAUUAUCUUACGAGAGGGCACCUUACUCAAGUCAGACCAAUGGCUCAGUCAAUCACUCCAAGUCUCCAAUGGCGUGCGUGGGGCGAUCAAUUUCCGCAAUAUUCCAGGCACCAAGAUCUACGCACUCGGACAACCAACCCUAGAUGCCAUUGAUGAAGUGGUCGCUCGAGUGCGCAAUGCGCAUUCAUCUGCCAACCGAAUUCUAUGGCUUGCGCUGCGCGAAGAACCGAUUGUGUAUAUAAAUGGAGCUCCGUACUGCUUGCGACGCGAGCGAUUCACGUUAAGAAAUAUGAAAGACUACGGAGGCAUAUCUGCCUCGCGGUUGGAGGUAUUGGAGGAACGUCUUCGUGACGAUGUGAUAUCAGAACUCAAUCAGUUCGGAGGAAGACUCCUGUUGCACACGGAAACACCUGAUGGUUCUGUUGUCCCUGUCUGGGAAGAGGUACAGAGUGAGAAUGUUUGUGUGUUGAAGGACAUCAUGGCCGCUCGCCGACACAUCGAUGACGAUACCGAGUUUGUUUAUACUCGUAUACCCAUUACAGCGGAGCGACCACCAGAUUUCAGCGAUCUUAGCGAACUCAUCGACAUUGUCAUCAGAAGCAAUGCGACGGGUUCUCCUAUCAUGAUCAACUGCCAACUCGGACGUGGCAGAAGUACUAUGACAGCCGUGAUCCUCGUUCUGAUUCAACAGUGGCUACAGAAUGGUGCCAAGUCAAGGACAUCACGGUCACCCCAUAGACUCGGACGUUCGUUGGCUAUGACUGAUGAUGGGGACAAUGAACAUCCCGCACGACGCCAAUCCUACCAAGUGAUCAAUAACCUUUUACGUGUAAUUCGCAAAGGCCCUGCUGUGAAGAACAUAGUCGACAACGCUAUUGAUCAAUGCGCGCAAGUCGUGAAUCUACGGGACUCUAUCGAAGAUGCCAGAUCCCGCGCGGAACAGGCAACGGACGAGUGGCAGCGCAGACAGUGGGCGCACAAAGGCUUACAGUACCUCAGGCGGUACUUCGAGUUGAUCAUUUUCCAGGCCUAUUUGCAAUCUAUAGAACCAGACACUAUGCGUACCUUCGAGAGCUUCGAGUCUUUCGUUGAAGGACGACCAGUCAUCAAGACAUUCGAAAAGGAGCUGGUAACUGACGACAUGAACACUCUGAAACCCCUUGAGCGCGUUGAUGCUACCGAGGGCGUUGCUCCAGAUGAAGUCAAGAGGAUCGUUGUCAAUCGUGCUGGGAGUAUUCUCUCAGCAUCUACAAUUUUGAAGAGCGACUUUUUCUCCAACCUGCAAAAAAUGAGUCUGUCUGAGCGAAUUGAGGGCGCGCCUAACUUCCGACGUGUCCCCUUAAGUCUGCGCCUUGUAUCGUCGGGUACGUCAUCACCCUCGGGCGACGCAGAAUUUGCACCAGAGACGGCGGACGACGGAAAGUGGAUCUGUGGAAGCGGCAUGCCGACAGUGCAAGGUUUGAGACGGGCAUUAACUCGAGUCAACGCUCAUCCCAAUGGCAGUAAUAUGGUUUACUGGACCUCCCUUAGGGAGGAACCAGUCAUUUAUGUUGCAGGCCGACCCCAUGUGCUGCGGCUUGUGAAUAAACCCCUUGAGAAUGUCGAGGCGACUGGUGUUACCACAAGCAUGGUGGAGGCCAUGGAAGAGAGCCUCAAGCGAGACGUGAUACAGGAGGUGCGAGCUGGAGGUGGCCGAAUCCUCCUGCACGACGAAGUAGAGGAGCGUCCAGGCGUUUUCUCGAUUAUCCCUAUCUGGGAAGAUGUUACCGAAGACGAUAUCAUGACCCCCAGAGAUGUCUACGACCUCAUGGCCAAGGAAGGGUACAAGGUGAACUACGACCGCGUUGCUGUGACCGACGAACAAGCGCCGCUCCCUGCUGCACUUUCGCAGCUUGUUGAUCGUGUCCGAUCUGGCCUGGUUUCAGGAGAGGCGGGCGAUUUUAUCUUCAAUUGUCAGAUGGGCCGGGGCCGAACGACCACCGGCAUGGUCACUGCUUGCUUGAUCGCUACGACAAUGAAGUGGAACCACGAUCUGGAGACAUCUGCGUUGUUACCGCAUGCAGAAGAAGAAAACCAGGGUGGCCUCGAGCAGUAUGAUAUGAUUGAUGGCCCGUCAGAAGAAGAGGCAUAUUUGCAGGGAGAAUACAAGACGAUCCUCCAGCUUGUUGGAGUGCUCUCGCACGGCAAGAUGGCGAAACGCUUGACGGAUCGCGCUGUUGACCUUAUGCAAGACGUGCAAAACUUGCGCAAGGCAAUUUACGACUAUCGACUCAAGGUAAACGCUUGUGAGAAAGGAAGCGCCAAGCAACGCAAGCUCAUGGACAUCGGGGUCAACUACUUGUAUCGCUACGGUACUUUAAUCGUGUUCGCGAACUAUCUCAUCGAAAUGAAGGAGACAGAAGGGAAGUCAGAGGAGGUCACAUUCCCGAGGUGGUUGAAGGAGCACCGCGAGAUCACGACCUUGCUGGGCCGCAGGUCUCUGGAUUGAGAACCGUGUACAAGACUGACAAAUCCUACGCAUCCAUACCGUAGCCAAUAUCUAAUCACGCUUACAU